CUCCCAUCAACAUCGUCAUAAUCAAAGGCCGCCAGACACAGACUCAAGUUACUCACCAGCAGACAAAAGCCCCUCUCUCUCUCUCUCUCUCUCUCUCUCUCGCAACGCAGCCAUGGCUUGGAUCUCAGCUGUAAUCUUUCACACUCCGCAAAUUCUCUCUCCGAACUCAUUGCCUCACGACGCGAAUCAGAAGAAGAUCUGUCAAUCGCAAUGCCGCACAUUCCCCUUUCUUCGCCGCUCUGCUAUUUGCCGGGCAAGUCCACAAGGAGUGAAAAGAGAGGCAUCAAAUACCCGCAUCUUUGCUUCAGUUACAGAUGUAUUACUGGAUGAAACAGUGGAAAAAUUUCAGCUUCCCAAAGGUGACACAUGGUCUGUUCAUAAAUUUGGUGGUACCUGUGUUGGAAGCUCAGAAAGAAUUAAGAAUGUUGCGGAUAUUAUUGUUAAGGACAAUUCAGAAAGGAAGUUGGUGGUUGUAUCUGCAAUGUCAAAGGUCACAGAUAUGAUGUAUGACCUCAUUGAAAAAGCUCAAUCAAGAGAUGAUUCCUUUGUGUCUGCAUUGGAUGCUGUUUUAGAAAAGCAUAGAUCAACUGCUUUUGACCUACUAGACGGAGAUGAUCUUAAUAGUUUCUUGUCACGGUUGCAUAAUGACAUCAGAAACCUUAAAGCGAUGCUUCGUGCAAUAUAUAUAGCCGGUCAUGCAACCGAAUCUUUUAUGGAUUUUGUUGUUGGGCAUGGAGAGCUGUGGUCUGCUCAGAUAUUGUCGUCUGUUGUUAGAAAGAAGGGAAUGAACAGCAAAUGGAUGGAUACCAGGGAAGUCCUUAUUGUAAAUCCCAGUGGUUCUGAUCAAGUUGAUCCUGAUUACGUGGAAUCUGAGAAAAGACUUGAGAAAUGGUAUUCCCAAAAUCCAUCUGAGAUUAUCAUUGCGACUGGUUUCAUUGCAAGCACACCAAAAAAUAUCCCUACUACCUUGAAGAGGGAUGGAAGUGACUUCUCUGCAGCUAUCAUGGGUGCUCUAUUUAGGGCUCGUCAAGUCACAAUUUGGACAGAUGUUGAUGGUGUGUACACUGCAGAUCCCAGAAAAGUUAGUGAGGCAGUGAUUCUGCAGACGCUGUCUUAUCAAGAGGCCUGGGAAAUGUCAUAUUUCGGAGCGAAUGUAUUACACCCCCGUACCAUAAUUCCAGUGAUGCAAUAUAGCAUUCCAAUUGUAAUAAGGAAUAUUUUCAACCUCUCUGCUCCUGGAACAAGGAUUUGCCACUCUUUAGUCAAUGACAAAGAAGAGGGCCAAAGUUUGGAGUCUCUUGUCAAAGGAUUUGCAACGAUUGACAACUUGGCCCUUGUAAAUGUUGAGGGAACUGGAAUGGCCGGUGUUCCAGGUACAGCAAAUGCUAUUUUUGGUGCUGUAAAAGAUGUGGGAGCUAAUGUUAUUAUGAUAUCUCAGGCUAGUAGCGAGCAUUCUGUGUGUUUUGCUGUGCCCGAGAAGGAAGUAAAAGCAGUUGCUGAGGCAUUGAAUUCUAGAUUUCGUCAAGCUUUGGAUGCUGGGCGUCUUUCUCAGAUUGCAGUUAUUCCAAACUGUAGCAUUUUGGCAGCUGUUGGCCAGAAAAUGGCAAGUACUUCUGGUGUUAGCGCCAGCCUUUUCAAUGCACUGGCAAAGGCAAAUAUUAAUGUUCGUGCUAUAGCUCAAGGUUGUUCUGAGUACAAUAUUACUGUAGUAAUCAAGCAAGAAGAUUGUAUAAAGGCCCUAAGAGCUGUCCACUCUAGAUUUUAUCUUUCAAGAACCACCAUAGCGAUGGGAGUUAUUGGGCCUGGAUUGAUUGGUCACACAUUACUUGGGCAGCUAAGGGAUCAGGCUGCUGUCCUCAAGGAAGAAUUUAAUAUUGAUCUGCGUGUUAUGGGAAUCACUGGCUCAAGGACAAUGCUUUUGAGUGAUGUGGGUAUUGACUUGUCGAGAUGGAGAGAACUUCAAAUAGAGAAUGGAGAAGUGACUAAUUUGGAAAAACUUGUUCAACAUGUGCAUGGAAAUCACUUUAUUCCAAAUACUGUUUUGGUAGACUGCACGGCUGACUCUGGUGUUGCAAGCCAUUAUUAUGAUUGGUUGCGGAAAGGAAUUCACGUAAUCACCCCCAACAAAAAGGCAAAUUCAGGACCCCUUGAUCAGUACUUGAAGUUGAGAUCUCUUCAACGGCAAUCCUAUACCCAUUACUUCUAUGAAGCUACUGUUGGAGCAGGUCUUCCAAUCAUUAGCACUUUAAGAGGUCUCCUUGAAACGGGGGACAAAAUACUGAAAAUAGAAGGCAUCUUCAGUGGGACUUUGAGUUACAUCUUCAACAACUUUAUAGGUAAACGAGCUUUCAGUGCGGUGGUGGCUGAAGCAAAACAAGCCGGUUACACCGAACCAGAUCCCAGAGAUGAUCUAUCAGGAACAGAUGUUGCUAGAAAGGUGAUAAUCCUUGCUCGGGAAUCUGGUUUAAAGCUAGAACUAUCGGAUAUUCCCAUUGAAAACCUUGUGCCUGAACCAUUAAGAGAUAGUGCUUCACCUGAGGAAUUUAUGCAACAACUGCCACAAUUCGAUCAGGAUAUGACUAACAACCGACAGGAUGCUGAGGACGCAGGGGAAGUCUUGAGAUAUGUGGGGGUUGUGGAUGUGGCUAAUAAGAAGGGUGUAGUGGAGCUACGAAGAUACAAGAAAGAUCAUCCCUUUGCACAACUCUCUGGAUCAGACAACAUCAUCGCUUUCACGACAACGAGAUACAAAAACCAGCCUUUGAUAGUCCGAGGACCGGGUGCCGGGGCCCAAGUCACUGCUGGUGGAGUAUUUAGUGAUAUCUUGAGGCUUGCCUCUUACCUUGGUGCCCCAUCAUAGUACCAUCAUUUACAAGCCAUGUUCCAUCUGUAGCAUCUUUGUCCUUCCGGCCUUAAUUUAUGUUUUUUUUUUUUUGCCUGUUGGGCUUCUUGUGGUAGUUAGUUCUUAGUUUGUAUGGUUCUGCCACUAUUGUAGGUUCAUCUCAAGCGGCUU